UGCCAGAGUUGUCAAAUUUUUCAGCUUCAAAUAUUUUGAAAAGUAAAAAUAAUCAAAGUUAUAUUAGAAUAGGAGUAUGUUUGCAAUUAAAAUUAAGCCCAAGUGAGUAAUUCGGUUCCUUGAAGAAAGUGCAAGUAUCGUCCGGCGCUUCUCAAUGCCAGGGCUCGCUAACGUGACCAUAAAUUUAGCACCGCGAUAAUUUUUGCGAUACUUUAAAAGGCCCAACUCGCCGAACCGACUCAUUUGAUAAACAGACUUUGGCAAAAUGUGGCAGUCGGACCCGGUCACGGCGGCCCUUGGUUCCUUCGGCGUGUGGCAGGGCGGCUCCUUGUUCCUCAUCGCCCUGGUCAAAGUUCCCGCCGCCUGGCACAUGCUCAGCAUCUUGUUCCUGGCGCCCAACCCUGAGACCUUCGGCGGAACCUACUUUUGCGCCAGAAAUGAUAGCGAGUCGCAGAAAUUAGUGGCGCCGAGUGAGUGGAUCGACAGGUGGCAUCCAAAGGACAAGAGAUAUGCCCUUGGAUUCAACCCUUGUAACACGUUUUUGCCAGGAGAUAUAAGAGAUGGGAACUCGUCCACCUCGGAACUGAUCAAGUGUGAUAAUUUUGAAUUUCUAGUCCAAUAUCCAACGAUGGUCUCUCAGUGGUCUCUCGUUUGUGACAGAAGCGUGCUUGUGAAUGUUGUGCAAUUUUUCUACCUCCUGGGGAUAACUGGCGGAGGAAUAAUCACUUAUUUCAUAUCAAAAAAGUUGUCGCCGCGAGUUCUUAUUUUAGGCGGCGCGACCUUGCAGGUGACAGCUGGAGUCGCGCUCGCCCUGCAACCAAUUUUCGAAGUGCACUGUCUGCUGAAAAGCCUCAUCGGCCUAGGGUUGUGCUUCAUGUUCACAGCAACGCAUCAAAUCAUUUUUGACUUGACUGCUGGCUGGAGGAAAAUAGUUUUGGGAGUCAGUUUUGAGCACUUCUGGUCAAUUGGCGUCAUCUCUCUAGGCUGGUUGCACAGCAUUGCAGGGUCAUGGACCAAUUUGCAAUUAAUCAUUUCCGUUCCAUCAAUAAUAUUCCUAAUAUUAUUCUGUUUUGUGCCCGACUCUCCGAGAUGGUUGAUUGCCCACAAGCAAUUUGGCAAGGCCGACGAACUCUUAAUAUUCGCCGCUCAUUGCAAUGGGAAAAAACUGCCGAAUGAUUUCACAACGAAAAAAUUGGCGUCUGGGAGGGGAAAUGAAAAACCAGUGGAAAUGAAGACAAGUAAAUUUCGAAUAAUUUGUGCUCAAAUAAUCUGGAUUGGGACCGUUGUGAAUUACUACGGAGCUCUUUUGAAUAUAAAAAACGUCGGCGGCACCAGUUUGCCUCUGAGAACGACAAUAUCUGGUUUUGCUGAGAUUGUUGGCACGUUUUCUGGAAUGAUCCUUUUGCUGAAACCCAAAUACAAAUUUGGAUUUUUGAGCCUUUUGCUUUUCGUCGGAGGAACGUGUUGCGUUUGCUCUUGGCUGAUUCCCCCGAAUGAAAGUGGAGGUCGGGCUGGCUGGACGAUGGUUUGGCUGGCCUUUGUGGGGAGAAUCGCAAUCGCUUGCUCUCUAGCAAUGAUGUCAAACGGCGCCUCGGCCCAGCUAAUCGCCCCUAGUGGACCCUUUUUGGGGAUGAUUUUGGUUACGGUGGCGAGAAUGUGUCUCAUGGCAGCGCCUUUCCUCAACUCCUUGGCAUUUUACGGAGAGAGCAUCACUUUGUCAUUCUACGGUGGUUUGGCUUUAAUGGCAGCGAGCGCCGCUUUUGCCCUUUUCAUUUCUAGCGAGUGGAGAAUAAGAGAAUUAGUGAAUGCAAUUAACAACACUCCGACAGGAAAAGUUUGGAGCGUUCAUUCGCAAACAACAAGUGUGUCUGAGGAGAAAGUUGUCUGCACCAACAUUAACUGGUGUUUCGAAGACGACGAUGGAAAUGUAAAAUUAUAUUAAAUUAGCCGUCGAGUGACGAGGCACCAUUCGGAUGCUCAGGGUGUCCAAAGCACCUUCAAAAUGAACAGAUUUUGUAUUAAAAUUUUGUGCGAAAAGAAAAUACAUUAACUAAAAUGGAAAAUUAUUAUAAAACGAAACAAUAUUUUUUUCAAUUUAAUAAGUUUUGUGCCCCACUCUUCGAGAUGGUUGAUUCGUUGAUUGACCACAAGCAAUUUGGGGAGGCUGACGAACUCUUAAUAUUCCGUCAAUCAUUGAAAUAAUGGGGAAAAACUGCCGAGUGAUUUCGCAACGAAAAAAUUGGAGCACAAAUUAAAAAAUUUCUAAUUUUACAUUUAAGUAAUCCUAAAAUUA